UUCUACAAUUCUCUUCUUAUUCCUUUGCAUUUCAUUGCUUUUGUAGGGGGUGGGGCUUGGGCUUUUCUCCCUCCUCCCCGGACUCCCAGACUGGGGUUGAACCCCACCUUUGGAUGCUGCAGGAAGAGGCUUCCCAAGAAAUUCGGUGCUGGAGAGUGGGGUGGUGGCCGCUUCCAGGAGGCGAUGGAGGAAGGAUAGAAAGGGGCGCGGAGGCCAGCUCUGAGUGCCGUUAGCAAGGCGCCGGGAGCAGAGCCCGAGCCGGGCGCCCCGGCAAGAGGAAGCUCCUUGUUUCUGCACCCGUGGGUUCGUGCCCCCUCGAACUCCGCGACCCUCCCUGGCCUGGGCCUCCUCUAAUGGUCCCCCGUGAGAUUCUCUUGCCCACUGUGGGUGUUGGUGGUUUUCUGGCAGCACUGGCACGAGGGGCGGUGGCGCUCAGGGUUGUCCUGGUCUCUGUAGGGCCUGGAAUCUCCGGCGAGGCCGAGGAGGCGACUGGAGGGAUACAGAAAGAACAAUUCACAGAGACUUGCUCACAUUCUCCCUUCAGAGACAUUUCAAAAAUGAAAGGGCUUGUGGGUGGAGACGCCCGGGGUUCCUGGGAGACUCCCCAGGAAGCCCGGCCGGAGGAGGGUCCGUGCCCAGGUCCCUGGCUGCUCCCGCAGGAGGGAGGCUGACUCUGCGCCCUGCCGGGAGUUGUGUGGUUUGAACGCGGCUCGCAUUGAAUCGGCCCUAACGAUUCUCGGAUCGUCAUUAUUUGUAACCAUAGAGCAUGAAUUACCUCUUGAGGUCAUCAGCGAGAAUUUACGACUGGUCAACAAAAGCACGUGAUUCCCUAACGCCCCCCCAUCCCCCUUCCAACCUGCCCCCCCAUAUUUGGCCGCAUACAUAGCAAAACGAAGUACAGUGCAUCGCUAUAAUUCAUUAAUACAUCAUAAAUCGUGAAGCACAGGGUUAUAACGACCACGAUCCACAAAUCAAGCCCUCCAAAAUCACCCAAAUGAGCUCGUACUUUGUAAACUCCUUCUCGGGGCGUUAUCCAAAUGGCCCGGACUAUCAGUUGCUAAAUUAUGGCAGUGGCAGCUCUCUGAGCGGCUCUUACAGGGAUCCCGCGGCCAUGCACACCGGCUCCUACGGCUACAAUUACAAUGGGAUGGACCUCAGCGUCAACCGCUCCUCCUCGGCCUCCUCCGGCCACUUUGGGGCGGUGGGCGAGAGCUCUCGCGCCUUCCCCGCGCCCGCCCCGGAGCCCCGCUUCAGGCAGGCGGCGUCGAGCUGCUCCCUGUCCUCGCCCGAGUCCUUGCCCUGCACCAACGGCGACAGCCACGGCGCCAAGCCCUCCGCCUCGUCCCCCUCCGACCAGGCGACCUCGGCCGGCUCCGGCGCCAAUUUCACCGAGAUAGACGAGGCCAGCGCGUCCUCGGAGCCCGAGGAAGCCUCCAGCCAGCUCGGCAGCCCCAGCUUGGCCCGGGCGCAGCCGGAACCCGUGGCCACCUCCACGGCCGCGCCCGAGGGGCAGGCUCCGCAGAUAUUCCCGUGGAUGCGGAAGCUUCACAUCAGCCAUGAUAUGACCGGGCCGGACGGGAAGAGGGCCAGGACCGCAUACACGCGCUACCAGACGCUGGAGCUGGAGAAGGAAUUCCACUUCAACCGCUACCUGACCCGGCGGAGGCGCAUCGAGAUCGCGCACGCCCUGUGCCUGUCCGAGCGCCAGAUCAAGAUCUGGUUCCAGAACCGGCGCAUGAAGUGGAAGAAAGACAACAAACUGAAAAGUAUGAGCCUGGCCACAGCCGGCAGCGCCUUCCAGCCCUGAGCCCGGAACCGCCCGCCUACAGGAGCCCUGGGCGGCCCCAGAGCCCGCGCCACCCCAGCCCCGGCCCCUCCGACCCUCUGCGCUGCCGCCGCCCGCUGGGGACCGGUUCCCACCAGCCUGCC